AUGUCCAGAAUUCCGCAGAGGGACCUCUUAUUUUAUCUUCCGGUUGUUAUGCAAAUGCACCAAAAACAUCACGUCGGACUGCUGCCCUUUCCAUGUCCAGAUUGCGGGAAGUCUUUCGAAUUCAAAUCGGGACUCGUCCAUCAUCUGAGGCACCACACAGACGAGAGGCCUUACUCCUGCUCCGAGUGCGGCCAGAGCUUUAAAGAGAAGUAUCACCUGAUGACGCAUCAGAGGAUCCACACGGGCGAGACUCCGUUUUCGUGUGCGGAGUGCGGGAAAUGUUUCACCCGGAAGCACACGCUCCUCAUCCACCAGCAAAACCACCUAGAGAAGCGACGGGACAAAAUCCUAAAAAAGAAAGAGCAGCUGCAGAAGCUGAGCAUCAAGGAGGGAUCGUUGAUAUGCUUGGAGUGCAAUAAAACGUUUAAAAAGAAGUGCGACCUGUACGUACAUCAGAGAACUCACACGGGCAAGGAGAUCUUUUCGUGCCCGGACUGCGAAAAACUGUUCGUGAAAAAAUAUCAGCUCCUCGUACACCAGAGAGUGCACACCGGAGAGAAGCCCUACUCGUGUACCGAGUGCGACAAGUCCUUCAAGACGAAGUCGGAACUCAACACGCACCAAAGAGUCCACACCACGGAAAAGCCCUUCGCGUGCAACGAGUGCGAGAAGUCGUUCAAGAAAAAGUCCCACCUCAUCCUGCACCAGAGGGACCACACCGGCGAAAAGCCCUUUCCGUGUUUGGACUGCGAGAAGUCGUUCAAGUCGGGCACCCUCCUCACUCUGCACCGGAGGGUCCACACCGGCGAGAAGCCCUUCUCCUGCUCGGAGUGCGGCAGAUGCUUCUCUCAAAAAGCGCACCUGAGUAAGCAUCUCAAACUCCACGCGGUCAAGCAGCCCCUUUCUUCUUCCCAGUCCCCGAUGAGUUGUGGGGAAGAUGUGGUUACUAUUAAAGCCGAAGUGUAUGACAAUGAAGAAGAACCGUAUCUGACGAGUGAUGAGCCGUGUAAAGUGAUGGAUCCAGAACAUCAUGAGAUCCCUCACCAUGGUCAGGGGAAAGAAGUGAUUGGUAUAAAAAUUGAGGUCAAAGACGAAGAAGAGACGCAUGUGAGGGGUGAGCAACUGUCUAUGAAGGAAGCUGAAAUGAUGGUGACCAUCACAAAGGAGGAAUCGUGUCUAGAUAACAGUACAGGCGGAUACGAUAGCUGGAAUACCUUAGAGGGACGUCUUAUUUUAUCUCCAGAUUAUAACGAAGAUGAUAACAGCCUGGUCCAGUAUUCUCCCGGCUCUGACCACACCCCCAGAAAUCACAACAUUGAGUUUCUACUUUCCUGUUCUGAGUGUGGCAAAGGUUUCAAUAAAAAAUACGAACUCCACGUGCAUCAGAGGGACCACGCUGGUAAGAAGAUCUACUCUUGCCCGGACUGCCAUAAAUCCUACAUCAAAAACUGUGACCUGGUCGCACACCAGAGAAUCCACACCGGGGAGAAGCCCUUCUCGUGUUCCGAGUGCGGAAAGUCGUUCACCCAGAAAUCGCAGCUCACUGCCCACCAGAGGGUCCAUUCCGACCACAAGCCCUUUUCCUGUUACGAGUGCAAGAGGGCCUUCAUCAAAAAACAAGAACUGGUCCGACACGAGAGGACCCACACCGGGGAGAAGCCCUUCUCGUGUUCUGAGUGCGGAAAGUCUUUCAGCCUCAAGUCGCAGCUCAAAACGCACCACAGGGUCCACACCGGGGAGAAGCCCUUUCCCUGUUCCGAGUGCGGCCGAUGCUUCUCCAGUAAGGCCAAUCGUGAUAAGCAUUUAAGAGUCCACACGGGAGAAAAGCCGUUCUCCUGCCCCGAGUGCUGGAAAUGUUUUGCCCAAAAGUACGACCUCCUGGUACACCAGAGGGGCCACAUGGGUAAGGAGGUCUUUCCUUGCCUGGAAUGCAAAAAGACGUUCUUAAAGAAAUAUGACCUGGCCGUACACCAGAGGACGCACUCCGGGGAGAAGCCCUACUCAUGUUCUGAGUGCAGCAAAUCCUUCAAGAACAGAAGAGACCUGGUUCCACACCAGAGAAUCCACACGGGGGAGAAGCCCUUCUCGUGUUCCGAGUGCGGAAAGUCCUUCACCCACAAAUCGCAACUCAAGACGCACCAGAAGGUCCACACCGGGGAGAAGCCCUUUUCCUGUUCCGAAUGCGGCAAAUCCUUCCCCAGCAAAGGGAACCGCGAUAAGCACAUGAGGAUCCACACCGGGGAGAGGCCGUUUUCCUGUUCAGACUGCGGGAAGUGUUUUGCGCAGAAGUCACAACUAGUCCGACACCAGAGAAUCCACACCGGGGAAAAGCCCUUCUCGUGUUCCGAGUGCCAAAAGUCUUUCACCUUCCAAUCGCAGCUCCGAAUACAUCAGAGAGUGCACACUGGAGAGAAGAAGCCCUUUCCUUGUUCCGAAUGCGAGAAGUCCUUCAUAACGAAAGCAGAACUCAUUCGACACGAGAGAAUCCACACCGGGGAAAGGCCCUUCUCGUGUCCUCAAUGCGGAAAGUCCUUCACCCACACAUCGCUACUCUACGCGCAUCAGAGAAUCCACACCGGAGAGAAGCCCUUUUCCUGUUCCAAGUGUGAAAAGUCCUUCAAUCACAAAACGGGACUGGUUCGACACGAGAGAAUCCACACCGGGGAAAAGCCCUUCUCGUGUUCUGAGUGCGGAAAGUCCUUCACCCAGAAAUCUCUACUCAAUACGCACCAGAGAGUUCACACCGGGGAGAAGCCCUUUUCCUGUUCCGAGUGUGGAAAGUGUUUCUCCAAUAAAGGGAACUGUGAUAAGCACAUGAGAAUUCACACUGGGGAGAAGCCAUUUUCCUGUUCAGAAUGCGGCAAAUGCUUUGCACAGAAGGUAACGUUAAUCCUCCACCAGAAUAAGCACUCCACCUGA